AAAAUGGCGGAGCAAAUCGUUAUGACCCUGACGAGCAAGACCGCGAAUUCGACGGCCUUUGUUAUAGAGAGGAGACGGCAGGUGGUGGAGGAGAUUGCCAAUGGGAGCGAGAAGGAUGUUCAUGUGGCCGGUGGCGACCAUAAGGGCAUCGUUAUUAAUAAACUGCUCAAUGACAAUGGUGAUGGUAAUGGCGAGCCUGCGCAUUUAUCUCUGCAAUUCAAAGUGUUUUUAGUCAACGCACAGAGUGGCAAACACGUGCAGGAGCAGAGAAUGUUGAAUUUUUGGUUUACGGACAGUCUGGCUGUCGAGUCUCAGCCAAGCGUGGCGCAAGAAUUCUUUAGGGAGCUCGUCAGUCCGCAGGAAUUUCCCAGAGAUUACAUUGGUUUUAUUACGAAAAUUUUGAAAUUAUUGCAACACAAGUAUUCUGGCAUCGAUCACGUCGAGGUUGAAUUGAAGCAGAUCGAAGAGCCUGUGGAGUUUCCAGUCAGGCCACCAUCGGCGGACGAGGCCACUUUAGAAGACAACAGAGUCCAUGAACUAACCGUAGAGAAGAUCCUAGAAUUAAUCGAAUCGGCUUAUCCAAAUCCACUAACCAUUCAUAAUUUAAUCAACGAUCAUGGCUGGGACCGUGACGCCGUAGCAGAAAAAUUAUCAGAAUUACAAAAGAAAGGCCUUGUUCGAGCAAUGGAUAACGGUGCCUUUACCAGAGUUGUUCAUCAGGACACUAAAAUUCAGGUUGUCAAACAAAUGCCUACGAUGGCUAAUUCGAAGCAGCCGACUAUAGCUAUAAUUACAGCACAGUACUGCGAAAAAUUGGCUGUCGAUGCAAUGAUCGAAAACAAAGAGACUUUUGUUCGAUACACCACUGUCGGAAGUGAAAAAGAGGAGAAAAACUCAUCGUCUAAUUCUAAUAAUCCAACAGCCAAAGACCCACGUGUGACUCGACAAAUACGUUUCGGCGAGUCCAACAUCUACACCCUGGGCGACAUCGGGGCCCAUCGCAUCGUCUGCACAAAGCUACCGACCGUCGGUCAUACUCGGGAGGCUAUGACUGCCGCCGGGAAUACGACUACCCGCCUCCUCGGCACCUUCCAGAAGGUCGACUACGUGUUUCUCGUUGGUGUGGGGGGCGGCGUGCCGCAUUACACCGACUACAAGAGGCACGUGAGGCUCGGCGACGUCGUCAUCUCGUAUCCCGCGGGACCCAACAACAAAUUCGUCUACACGUAUUGCGAGAGCGCGGAGAUGCGCGACGAUGGCAAUUACCACUUCGAGACCAAGGAGUAUCGGCCGACGAAUUUGGGCCUUCAGGACAUAGCCGCGAAUUUCAAGAAGCAGAUGAAGACAAGUGAUGAUGAAUCACCACCGUGGCAUCGUUUUCUGUCCGAUGGAAUUAAGAAUUUAGGUUCCCAAUUCGAGCACAAUUUUGAGGCUCCUCCGGCUGAAUCCGACAAACUCUACAUGAACAUCGGCGACAGAGAUGUUAUUGAAGUUACGCAUCCAAGUGCUCCCAAAGGAGAUAUUGCGUAUGCGAGGAGUGACGGAUUUCCGCAAAUUCAUCUGGCCCCUGUCGCUUCCGGUCGGCGAAUCGCUCGCGACGACCAGCUGCGCCAAAAAUUCGCUAGCCGCUUUGGUAUCCUCGCUUUCGACGCCGAAAUGGACGCGGUGGUAGACAGUAUCCUGGGCAACUGUCGCGAGAGCUUCGCCGUGGUGCGGGGCAUCGCCGAUUAUAAGGAUGGCUCGCGGGGUAAGGAAUGGCAGCCGCAUGCCGCCCUCGCGGCUGCAAGCGUCGUCAAGGCCAUGAUUUGCGCAAUGGAUCCACCCUCGCCAGUCAAGAAAUAA